GGAGGCGGAGCGCGGCCCCGGGAGGUCGGUUAUCGACGCAGGGCCUCUGCGGCUGCAGCGGCUCUUGCCGAGGCCUGGCGGGGUGUGGAUCCCCAGCCGGCGCGUGGCUGCAGCCGGAGAACCUAAGGCGGUGGCCUCGGCGGCAAGACCUCCCCGAUGCCGGCUGGGGCUCUGCGGAGCGGAACGGAGGCUGGGCCCGGGCCGCGGGCAGGGUAGGAAGCCGACGGGCCCGCUUGUCCGCGCAGGGUGGAUGCGGUGGCGGCGGCGGCGGCGGCGGCGAUGGACGCCUUAGAGGAAGAGAGCUUCGCGCUGUCCUUCUCUUCCGCUUCUGAUGCAGAAUUCGAUGCUGUGGUUGGAUGCUUAGAGGACAUUAUCAUGGAUGACGAGUUCCAGUUAUUACAGAGAAAUUUCAUGGACAAGUACUACCAGGAGUUUGAAGACACAGAAGAGAAUAAACUCACCUACACACCUAUUUUUAACGAAUACAUCUCUCUGGUAGAAAAGUACAUCGAAGAACAGCUGCUGGAGCGCGUUCCUGGAUUUAACAUGGCAGCUUUCACGACGACUCUACAGCACCAUAAAGAUGAAGUGGCUGGUGACAUAUUUGACAUGCUCCUCACAUUUACGGAUUUUCUGGCUUUUAAAGAAAUGUUUCUGGACUACAGAGCAGAAAAAGAAGGCCGGGGACUGGACUUGAGCAGUGGUUUAGUGGUGACUUCAUUGUGCAAACCAUCCUCUGUGCCAGCCUCGCAGAACAAUGUGCGGCGCUAGCUCCCCCCAGGCAGUGAGUGUGCUCGGGACUGUGGCAGCCCAGGAUCCUGGGAGAGGCUGCGGCUAAUGACGGAAAAAUACAUCUUGGAAAGACUAGCUCUGCUCUGCAACUUUUCAUUAACGUUAAGUAUUGAUGGGUCAAAAAAAAAAUUACCUGACCCUCCCGGGGCCAGUUUCUCCUGAAAAACCUUGUGUUCAGUAACCCUAGUACCCCUCCCCAAGCAGACACCCCUCUCAGGGGCCUCUGAGCUAGGCUGGGCUGGAGCAAGCCCCCAGCCAGCAUUCCACCUGGGGGGCCCUCCCGAGCAUACGCAUCGGUGUGUCCGCACCCAGCACCAGCCCUUGGUCCCAGCGGGCUUUGCAUGAAUGUUUCUGUGCACUCCCAGCUUUUUCCAUGUCUCAGUUUCGGUCCUUCAGCCUCAGUGGUGUUUUUGACUGUUGGGGAAUCUUCAUCUAGGAUGUCACUCAAGCCAGCUGCCUGUCGAUAUUUCCAGCGCUCCUGUCACCACAGCUCGUCCGGGCUGUAGGAAUCAACUGAGAGAGACGUCCUUUACCUGAAAGCUACGUGUGAACAUCAGUUCCUAGUCUGACAUUUGCAGUCCUUGUAUCACCCUAUCUUCUGCUGGUCCUAAUGUAGUAGUCCCUGUUUCUAGAACCCUCUUUAAACGUUUUUGAAAAAAUAUUUUUAUAGAUGAAUACUCAGGCUAACUCAGUGGAUAUAAUCUUGGAAUUUCCACGAUUACCCACUUAAAGAUCAAAGUAUUAUAUGCUGUGUGCUUUUUAGUUGUUAGUGCUGUGAAAGCAAAAACGCUCUCUCUGUUGGCGUUCCCGUUUUCCCGGGCACCAGUGAGUGUGCGCUCGGCCCGGAAGGAGAUGAAUGGUAUCCUUGUCUUAGAGCAUGUUAAGUGUUUAUGCCGUUUUGCUUAAAACCCUUUCUGUACAAACUAGUUCGUUAGGUUUUCUGUCGGGGUUGGGGCUCUGCAGGUCCUUCAUCCUGUCAGACACUUCCUACCAAGGUGGGGUUUUCCUGGUCAUCUGUCUGCUUUGAUUUAAAAUACUGGCUUAGUACAGUGUUUGACAGAACAUUAUCGACCAGAAAACAGGGACAUCACAUCUCUAGAAAGAAGGAAAAACAUAGUAGUUCGAUUCCCAGUGCGUACCUUAAGAUUUUUUUUUUUUAAGUGAAGAAUCUACUCAUUUUUCAUUGGCUAUUCUGAUUGUAAAGAGCUGUAUAGGCUGUGAUUUCUGUACUGAUGUGGCGCUCAUUAAACACUUUUUGUAUUACGAGUAAAA